AUGCCCCUCCCUUCCACAGCCCGUCGACGCCUAAUCCUCCUCACACAGGUCCUCAUCGGCGCCCCGGCAGCCACAUUCGCAGGCCUCGCGCUAUGGACCCGAAACUGCUCUUUCGAACCGUUCGGACCGGAAACCGAUCCCUUGUUCAAGCAUCCGAUCCUGCAGGAGGUGAAUCCGAGGAACAACCCGAGCACGCACGACUGCUGCCUCAGAAGGGUGCCGUUUGAGCGGCUGAGGCCGGAGUUGCUCGAGGACGCGAAGCGAGGGGGGAGUGCCCUUGUCGAGGAGUUUGCGCGGGGGAUGUGGGGAGGAUUCGGGUAUGCUGUGCAGAGGAGGGUGAUGGGGUUAUUGACGAGGGGACCUGAGAAACAUGCGAGUCUGUGGUCGCCGGAGGAGUUGCGACAGAGCAAAUACGAGCCCGGAACAAUCGUGACAAACUACUUCCUCGUCCUCGACAAGACGCCCACGACAAUCACCCUGCGCGGCUGCCCCGCGCCGACACCCAUUCGACCGCACGCGAUGGAUAACUUGUCUGCGUUGACGGCGGAGCUGGAUGAGGGUCGGAAGGAGGCGGAGUUCCGGCUGAAGGCGCUUGCGUUUGAUGGGGUGACGACGAGGCCGAGGGAGGAUCCGUUUGGGGGGUUUCCGGGGGUGCUGCAUCGGCUGUAUGCGAGGGUGCUUGUUGAGACGGCGGUGGGACGGUGCGUGCGGUAG